AUGGGCAGCAAGCGAGGCCGCGGAGCUUCGUCGUCGAAUCAAGAGCGAACCCGUACGCAUUUAUUCUUUGCUUCACAGCCAGAACGACACCAGCAAAAGCGGAAGAGACGAGCUCAAAACAAGCUCCAUUCAACUGUGAAAGACAAAAAAGACGAGAUGGUUCAAGCUGGUGCGAGUGAAAUUGAUCCAUUACAAUGGACUGGCAACCAACGUGUUUUACAUUUUGGACCGAUGGCUCAACGUGAUCCCUACUUUUAUUAUUACCCAAAAGGAUGGGACAUCCUUUAUCCUGCUCAAUUUGGGUUUUUUCCUUACAGGACCACAAAAUUUCGUGGUUCGUCUUCACUAGUCUGCUGUUGCGCAUUUGGUUUCUUUUUGUUAAUUGGUGGUAUUUUAAUGACGAUACUUGGAUAUAAAAUGCUUUAUGAUUCCCCAUUUUGGACAUGGCCAUAUGAGCAGAAAAUUCGUCCUCCUCCUAUUCAGAUCGCUGGCCCAAUUUUAUGCGUUCUUGGAGUCAUUUUUCUCCUAAUUUCUCUAGUUUAUUUCCUUUUCACAACAAAAUUAUGCGAUAUUUCUUUGCAUCAUACAAAAAAGCAUGAAGAACCAUCUCGAGUAACGACAAUUACAACUCACUACAUGCCAUUGCCCCCAAUUUUUGAGAAAGACCCUUAUCAGCCACUUCCACCACCGGCAUAUCCCGUCCUUGAAAAUCGACACGCGUCUACAAAUAUUGUGAAGCCACACGAUGAGAAAAAAUUAUAUCCACCAGUAAUACCCGGAUGCUCGACACUUUCGCUGCAUCGACGAUCACCGAAUAAUAUAUUUGUGGCGAGCCCGUACAACACAUUGCGAGCUACUAGUGUCGCCAGAUACCAACACGCUUUCUCCGAUUCGAAUUCGAUUCUCGAAAAUAAAUACGGAUCACGAACGGCUUCAAUGAGCUCGCACCUGCGUCGGCAUAGCAACGAUGCCGGCGAAGUUCAAUCACCGACCUCGGCUCCGCCGCCGACAAAAAGGUGUCAUACUAACGAAGAGGAGAAACAGACAGCGGAGGCUCAUCCGAUGACCGACGGCCGACAAUACAAAUUUGUGGCGGUACACGGCAUCCAAUACGCAAUUCCGGAAGCGUAUGAUGUUGACGAGACGAUGGUUUCAGAUCUUGGAGGUGGAACGUACGGAAAUGUCAUAAAAGUGCACGCAAUGUGCCAAGAUGGAAAGCGCCGUUACAUGGCUAUUAAAAAACUGCGCGACCCUUUUUAUGCUCCUUCGCAAGCUCGUCGAUAUUUUCGAGAAAUUCGACUCCUACAGCUCAUUCAGCACGACAGUAUUAUUCGGGCUGUCGAUUUAUACACACCAGAUGAUGAACAUGAUUUCAAGGAUAUAUAUGUUGUCACCGAAUAUGCUGGAAACAGCCUUUAUCGACUAUUGCAACAACAAAGAGAACAUAAUAAAACGAUUUUAACGCCUGCUCAUGUCAAAUUUAUUAUUUAUCAGUUGUUAAGAGCUUUGAAGUAUAUUCAUUCCGCAAAUGUGAUUCAUAGAGACUUAAAACCGGGAAAUCUUGCACUCACGGUAGACUGUGAUCUCACAGUGUUAGAUUUCGGACUGGCGAGAUCCUUGGAGAAAAAGGAUGCGACAUUAACGCAGUAUGUACAGACUAGAUGGUAUAGAAGUCCAGAAGUGAUUUAUUGGAAUAUUGACAGCUACACCACAUUAGCGGAUAUGUGGUCAGUUGGAUGCAUUGCUGCCGAAUUACUCACCGGAAUACCACUUUUUCCAGGAGAAGAUGUAAACAUGCAAUAUGAAAUGAUCACACAGUUAUGUGGAAGUCCUGAUGCUGAACUUCUUGAUAAGAUUGAAAGAGGAAACUCGAUUAAUAUGCGAAUGGUUGUCGAAUCAUAUCCACAUUUUACACGAAAGAAUUUUGCUCGUCAUUUUCAAUACGCUGAUCCACCACCAGAGUUUAUCGAUUUUCUGGAGAAAAUUUUGGUUUUGGAUCCGGAGAAAAGAAUGACUGUUGAGGAAGCCAUUAAACAUCCUUAUAUGAAAGAAUAUUAUGAGCCAGAUGAUGAGCCACGUGCGCCGUAUAUUUUUCAUCUUGAUGAUGGCGUUGAAAAGACCAGCGAUGAAUGGAGAAAGGCGAUUUGGAACGAAAUUACAAAUUUCAAACGUUCAAAGAUCUCACCACGAUUCAACUAA